AUGCUGCUCGCCAUCGUCAUUUUGUCCGGCCUCAUUAGGUAUUGCGAACCAAUGUCCACGAAGAGGCUCACGGACUCGUCUUCCUCGUCGUUGGCCACGUUAUCGAGAAGUUCCGGCGAAUCGAGGUCACAGAAUCUCGGCUCGCCGAGUGACCUAGCCUGGCAAGCUUGGCUCCUUCUGGACUCGCAGACAGGAGCACACUCUAGCUUGGAUUCCGCCAGUUUUCUCAAACGGAUCACGCCUAAAAGCGUGUUCAUCGCGCCGGUACUACCGGCUUGUCCCGAUGGUUAUCGAGCGGACACGAUGGGCAGGUGCGUGAAGAGAGUGAACAUCAAUCCUCAGGCUCACAUCGGUUUCCUCUUGCAACGGUUGAACAACAGAUACGGUAAUCAAGCAAGCAACUCUGACACAUCGUCCAAUAAUAAUCAGAAGAAGUCCAGCGGCCCUUUGCAGUUGAACAUUCCGCUGUUUGCCGAGACGGACACCAAGUCGACGCAAGUGGACCACGAGGAAACCAGGGACUCGAUAAACAUACCGAUCGUGGUCCCUUCGAAGAAGGAGGUCCGAGUGGAGAAGGUAGAAGAAGAGGUAGAGGAGGAACUAGAAGAGGAGGAGGACGAAGAGAUAGAGGAAGUGAAGGAAGUGGAAGAGGUAAAGGAUGUGAAAGAAGCGAAGGAAGUGGAAAAACCGAAGGGAUCAGAAGAACCGAACGAAAUGGAAGUACCGAAGGAAGUGGAAGAACCAAAGGAAAUAGAAAAACCGAAAGAAGCAGAAGAACCGAAGGAAGUGGAAGAGGUGAAGGACGUAGAAGAGAAGGACGCAGAAGAAGUGAAGGACGUAGAAGAAGCGACCGACGUAAAAGAAACGAAGGACGUAGAAGAAACGAAGGACAUAGAAGAAGCGAAAGAGAUACUGAAUAUUGGCGAAGAAACUGAGGAAGAAGAAGAGGAGGAGGAAGAGGAGGAGGAGGAGGAGGAAGAGGAUAACGAGGCCAAUGCCACCACUGGGAACACCACCAUUUUUGACGAGUCUUCAGAAUACGAAGAAGACGAUCAGAAUACUACGUCCACGCUUGACACUGUAGUUCCCGUAAUAGAUUUCAUUGAUGACACGAACGACACGAAUUUCUCCGACGUGAUCGACUACAAGAUCCCGAUCGAACUUCCCACAUCGUUCAAUAUAUCCGACGCGAAAGCGAUGAACGCCAGCGACGAACAAGAAUUAUGGAGCGAGGAGUCGCGAGUCUCGAACUCGACCGAGGUGUCGCCGAUAUUAAUUCUUCUUUCGUCGACAACAACGAUGCCACCGGAUUCAAUAGCACCUGAAAUAGAAUUAGAAUUGGCCAACAGUACUAGGAGGACUGUUCAGUUGUAG